AUCAUCAUUCUUUUCUUUCUGUGUCUCUGCCACUUUCCUGGGAAAUGUCAGACAGAGCUCCUGUAAAGAGGAGAUAAAGACCCCCAGCAGGGCUGGGCCACAGCUGUCACCUUCUGACUUCCUGGACAAGCUCAUGGGGAAAACGUCAGGAUAUGAUGCGCGCAUUAGACCCAACUUCAAAGGCCCUCCUGUGAAUGUCACCUGCAAUAUUUUCAUCAACAGCUUUGGCUCAAUCACAGAAACUACUAUGGACUACAGGCUUAACGUUUUUCUACGGCAAAAAUGGAAUGACCCUCGUCUGGCUUAUAGUGAAUAUCCAGAUGACUCCUUAGAUCUGGAUCCCUCUAUGCUGGACUCUAUCUGGAAACCUGAUUUAUUCUUUGCAAAUGAGAAAGGAGCCAAUUUCCAUGAGGUCACCACUGAUAACAAGUUGCUUCGGAUUUUCCAGGAUGGCAGCGUUUUAUACAGCAUCAGGCUGACUCUAACCCUGUCCUGCCCUAUGGACUUGAAGAAUUUCCCAAUGGACAUUCAAACCUGUACCAUGCAGCUUGAAAGCUUUGGUUACACUAUGAAUGACUUGAUAUUUGAAUGGCUGUCUGACAACCCUGUUCAAGUGGCAGAUGAUCUUACCCUCCCCCAGUUUCUGCUGAAGGAAGAAAAGGAUCUGGGCUACUGCACUAAGCACUAUAACACAGGUAAAUUUACCUGCAUUGAGGUCAAGUUCCACCUGGAACGGCAGAUGGGUUACUAUUUAAUCCAGAUGUACAUCCCUUCCCUUCUCAUCGUUAUCCUAUCCUGGGUCUCUUUCUGGAUAAAUAUGGAUGCUGCUCCAGCCAGAGUGGGUCUGGGUAUCACCACCGUGCUCACAAUGACCACACAGAGCUCUGGGUCAAGAGCAUCACUGCCAAAGGUGUCCUAUGUGAAGGCCAUUGACAUUUGGAUGGCAGUUUGUCUUCUUUUUGUGUUUGCUGCUCUUCUGGAGUAUGCCGCAGUGAACUUUGUCUCAAGGCAACACAAGGAGUUCAUCAGGCUGAGGAAAAAGCAGCGGCAGCAGAGAAUAGAGGAAGAACUGGUGAGGGAGAGUCGCGGUUUUUACUUCCGAGGUUAUGGACUUGGUCACUGCCUGCAGACCAAAGAUGGCGCCGCUGUGGAAGGCGCCACAGUGUUUGCCCCACCACCUCCAGUAGCCAUAUACAAUGGAGAAGUUCUUCACAAGCGUUUUGUUGACCGGGCUAAACGGAUUGACACCAUAUCCAGAGCUGUCUUUCCCCUGAGCUUCCUCAUAUUCAACAUCUUCUACUGGGUGACCUAUAAAGUGCUGCGACAUGAAGACAUCCAUGCAAAUCUGUAAGACACCCUCAGCCAUUAUUAGGUGUUACUUUACCCCCCCAGAAAACCGAACUGCCUCUGAGCUAUAUUAUGAUGAAGAAAUGUGUCAUGAGGCAUCACUGCCUCUCAGAGUCACUGCUUGAAAUACAAACUUUGUGCUCAGGUGCGUCUUCAGGAUCUCAGAUAGCGACGAAGCAGAAAGACUAGGUUAAGCUGCACUGCUUCAGGUUGUAUGUAAUUACCCUCUCGUAUGUGUCUUGGUUUGAUUCACGUGGAUCACACCAAGAUAAAAACAAGUUGGCACUUGAGCUAUUUUUUCGAUAAUGGAUAAAAGCGUUCAAAUGAUGAAAUUGGUCCUGGCUGAAUGAAAUGUGCUGACUUGAAUUUUGACACAACACAGCUUUAAAUGAAUGUUUUUGACUAUUUGAAAGCAUAUUGUUAUUUUUUGUUUGUUUGUUUGUUUGUUUACAAUUUCAGAUUAUCAAAUGUGUACAGAUGGGUGUGCUGGAAAAAUGUAUGAAUAAUCAAUAACUGAUCAUUUAAUUUAGGUAUGCAUAACAAGAGAUUAUAUAUGUACAUACAUGUAAAACAGUGUAUUAAAGUGUAUAUAAAAAAAGCUGUUAAAGUACACAAAGCACAAAUAUGUAAUUCUUUUGUCAACAUUGAAAUAAAUUGUUAUUCUGCCAG